GUGAAGCUAUAUCAACAAUUAUAUUCAAGAUGCCAUCAGAAAGAAAUCGGUCUAAAGAGGAUACAUGGACUACUGGUGAAUUGACCAAGGCACUGAAGAGGGAUGAUGGAAGGAGACAUAGAGAUGAUCGAGAACAAAGAAGGAAGGACAGACACAGGGAUGAGAUGAAUGGUGAUGACCGUCACAGAAAAAGGAGGGAUGACGAUGAAAGACGACAUAAUGAUGAUGACAGGCGAUCCCGACAUAAAGAUGAGGAUGAAAGAGAAAGACAAAGGAGAGAAAGAAGAGAAAAGAGAGAGGGGAAAAGCAAGGUAGGUUUUAUUGUUGAAAUGAAAAACCUUUGA